AUGUCGAACGACUCGAACCUUUCCGUCAACCUGACAACCCCGAACGGGCACAAUUACACUCAGCCGACCGGCCUUUUCAUCAAUAAUGAGUUCGUCAAGGCCAAAAGUGGAUUGACCAUCACAUCAUUAGACCCAGCAACAGAGAAAGAGAUUGCGACCGUGCAAGCUGCCGGCGCUGACGAUGUCAAUUCCGCAGUCCAGGCAGCGAGAGCCGCAUUGAAGAAGGAUUCGUGGAAGAAACUCCCUGCGACCGAAAGGGGAAGGCUUAUGGUCCGCCUGUCGGAACUCAUCGAGGCUAAUCAAACUCUGCUGGCCACGAUCGAUGCAUGGGAUAAUGGCAAGACUUAUUCCCUCGCAAUGGAAGACGACCUUCCUGACACAAUCGGCACCUUCAGAUACUACGGAGGCUGGGCUGACAAGAACUUCGGUCAAACCAUCGAAACAUCCCCCGAGAAAUUCGCUUACACCCUUCGCCAACCGGUCGGAGUUGUCGCGCAGAUAAUUCCAUGGAAUUUUCCCUUGGCAAUGGCAGCCUGGAAGUUGGGCCCAGCACUAGCCUGCGGUAACACAGUUGUCAUAAAGGCUGCUGAGCAAACACCGCUCAGUAUCUUGGUUCUAGCCACUCUGAUUAGAGAGGCCGGAUUUCCUCCUGGGGUGGUCAAUGUUAUCAAUGGGUACGGAGCCGAGGCCGGAGCCGCUCUUGCACAGCACCCCCAGGUUGAUAAGGUCGCAUUCACUGGGUCCACUGCGACAGGUGCUCAAAUCAUGAAAUAUGCCGCUGGGGGAUUAAAGGGCAUCACCCUUGAGACUGGUGGCAAGUCACCAUUGAUUGUAUUCAAUGAUGCGGAUCUCGACCAGGCUGUUAAGUGGUCGCAUGCCGGUAUUAUGUCAAACCAAGGGCAGAUCUGUACAGCCACCUCACGGAUCUUCGUACAACAAGAUAUUUACGAUCGCUUUUUGAAAUUGUUUAAAGAACGCAUUCAAACAGCGUCUAUCAUUGGAGACCAGUGGGACGAGAACACAUUCCAAGGUCCACAGGUGACCAGAGCUCAAUACGACCGAGUCAUGCAUUAUAUCAACCUCGGAAAGCAGGAGGGCGCCACUGUCGAGACUGGAGGCGAACCCUUCAGUAGUGCUAAUGGCAAAGGGUUCUUUGUUACCCCUACUACUUUCACGAAUGUGAAGCCAUCAAUGCGCAUUUACCGAGAGGAAAUCUUCGGACCUGUCGUGGUAAUCGUACCUUUUGCCGAGGAAAAAGAUGCUAUUGAGUUUGCCAACGACACACUGUACGGCCUGGGAGCUGCUGUAUUUACCACAAACCUCCGACGCGGUCAUCGUGUGGCUGCUGAUAUAGAGGCCGGCACUGUCUGGUUAAACAGCAGUCAGGAUAGUGACCACCGAAUUCCCUUCGGUGGAUACAAAACCAGUGGUAUCGGUCGCGAAUUGGGCCAGGCAGGAUUGGAAGCAUAUACUCAGAUUAAGGCAGUUCAUGUCAAUAUGGGUAAUGAUCUGUAA